CAUUUUGCCCUCUAUGUAGAGUAACCGUUAGUAUUUAUAGAUUAAUGUUGUAUGUAGCCUAGGUACCUCAUAGUUGGGAUGGUAUUCCUACUCCUCAACAGUUUACAUUUUUCGUUGAUGAUAACUAGCUUGAUGAAAUUUGACACCCCACAUACCAAGCCAGGAGGAGGCUUGCAUGAGAGACCCCUGGCUUAGAGAUUACUACUGUACGCGUUUCACGAUCUUCAGUCUGCAAAACGUUACAUGUUGCUUUUAAUGCGGCGGCUUAAAUCUUUCGGUUUCCAGAACCGACGUGGAUUUUAUCAGUUUUCCAUAUGCGCAGAGAUGCUGGAUGUGGACCAGCUGGCUCGGGUCCUCCCAGUCACUGGCUCAGAGGACAUGGAUCAGAUCCAUCAGGACCAUGUGAAGAUUGGACAGGACAAAUAUGUGACCAAGAAAUCCCUGCUGUCUCAUCUCAGAACUUACAACAUGUACUAUGAAGGGCAGGCACUGCAGCUACGCCACAGAGAGGAGGAAGGUGAGCUGAUCGUGGAGGGCUUAUUCAACAUCUGCUUUGGGCUACGGCGGCCAAUCAGAUUACAGAUGCAGGAUGACCCGGAGCGAAUCAGACCCCCUUCUUCGCCCACAUCAGUGCCAUCAGAUGACACGCCCGACACGCCAGAAAAGGAUGGUCUCAAACAAACUCCGCCUGCUAUCAUGGUCACCAGCCCACUGAACCAAUUAGAUGAAGGCGCUAGUGAUGGUGAGGGAGAGUCCACACACCUCCUGAGGACCCGCAGUGAUGUGGGCGUGUGCAGGCAGGGAGGCCGACGCAUCAAGAGACACAGGUGUUCCAUCAAUGGACACUACUACAACCACAAGACGGCAGUGUUCACUCCGGCGUACGGUUCGGUGACUAACGUGCGAGUCAACAGCUCCAUGACCACCUCCCAGGUGUUGCGAGUUCUGCUGAAGAAGUUUAAGAUCGAGAACAGUCCCAACGAGUUCACACUCUUCCUCAUUCACACCAGUGGAGAACGUGUGCAUCUGAAGAGCACAGACCACCCUCUGGCAGUGCGGAUCAUGGAGGGACCCUGUGAGCAGGUCAGCAAGAUAGUCCUGAUGGACGCAGACCAGGUGGAGGAGGUCACCCAUGAUGUGGCGCAGUACAUUAAGUUUGAGAUGCCUGUGUUGCAAAGCUUCAUCACCAAACUGAAAGAAGAAGAGGAUAGAGAAGUGCAAAAACUGAAGAACAGGUACCAGCACAUGCGCUGUAUGAUCGAGAGGCACAUGCAGACUCAUCACCAGACAACCACCUGUGUGUGAGCUGUCAACAGGAUUCCAUAUCCAUCUGAGACUCACACUCUCACACACACACACACACGCACGCACGCACGCACGCACGCACGCACGCACACACGCACACACAC